AUGGGUGCAUCCGACUCGAAACUGUCCUUCAAGCAGGGCGUCUUCCGCCUGUCUGAGCCCAAGCAGAUCCCCGCCGACGACGCUUACUGGACCGGCUUCUGGGAGCUGCCCGAGUCGACGGAAGAUGUCUUCUCGCUCUUCUCGCCCGCAGACAUUCGCCGCACCCGCGACAACAACCUCGCCAAUCUCGAGACGCUCAUCCUCGCCGUCACCUCGCGCCUCAUAGUCCUGCGCAACCACCCCUCCUUCCCCGACCCCGAGCUGGCCCCGGAGCGCGACGCCCUCAACUGCAUACGGGUCCUCACGCGACUGCUGCCCUUCUUGUAUGAAGCCGACCACCUCGAGACCUGGGAGGACCAAUUCUUUUGGGCCGCGCGGCGGAAGCGCAGUCGGCGGGGCCAGCUGGUGCGAAGCGAGAUCAUCUUCGACGAGGCCGACCCUGAGCAGACGCCCACUGAGAAGGAGCCUGAGUUCGAGAAAGCCAAGCCGCUGGCCGAGGAGAUCAUCGACACGCUGAUUGACCUGCUCUUCUUCUCCGACUUCACCCUUCCCAAAGUCGCGGCUGGCAAGAACAAGGUCUCGUAUGCGAUAUGGCAGAGCGGCGUUGGCUGCAACACGCCCGUCGCCUCGACCAAGGAAUUUGAGAGCAACAGGACCGAGAUCCUGCGCUUGCUGCUUACUUUAGCCAGCAAGUCCAUGUACAUGUCGGCGGGCGUGCUGCCAGUCAAGGGCGUUAAGGCUAUCACCUACAUUGCGACCUGUCCCGACAAGCAGGUCGUUCUGUCCGUCCUCUGCUCGCUGCUCAAUACCACCCUCAAAUACAACCCCGCAACAUGGCGCGUGCCAUACGACCACGUCGUCUUUAAGGACCAGCGACAGGUCCUGGUUACCUACUGCUUGCAGUUGCUCCUCGUCCUCGUCCUGUACCCCAUACCCGAGUCUGGAAACGGCCCAGCGCCUAAGAACUUCUUCCGCCAUUUUCUCGGCCGUCUACACCGUCCCCAAGACUUUCAGUUCCUGGUUGAUGGUAUGACGAGAAUACUCAAUCAGCCGCUUCAAGCCAACACCUCCUAUCUUCCUGGUAGCCACAAGUCACUGACCUGGGCACCCGAAAUGAUCAUGCUGUUUUGGGAGGCACUGCAGUGCAACAAGCGCUUCCGCUCCUUCAUCAUUGACACCGAUAGGGCCCACGAUUUCGUUGUCUUGGUGCUCUACUAUGCCAUCGACCAGCGGAAUGAUCUGUCAAAGCAGGGUCUUGUGCGCAUGUGCAUCUUUGUGCUCCAGACGUUGAGUGUCGAACCGCAGUUUGGCAAGAGCCUCAACAAGACUUUUGAGGGGCAAGAGUCGCUUCCAGCUAGCAUACGCAUACCCAACUUCCACGGUACAUACGCCGACUACGUCAUCACGUCUAUAUAUACCCUACUCACCACUGGUAAAGGCAGGCUAGACGCCAUCUACCCUGCUUUACUCGCAAUCCUCAACAACAUCGCGGCUUACGUUCAGAACAUCGGACGCGCCUCGAGCUCUAGAUUGCUCCAACUCUUUGCGUCCAUGUCAUCUCCUAGCUUCCUGUUCGCCAACGAAAACAACCACACUCUUCUGCAAUCAUUGUUAGAAGUUCUCAACGCUAUGAUUGAGCAUCAAUACCCACACAACCCAAACCUGGUGUACGCUAUCGUGAGAUCACGGAAAAGGUUCCAGGCACUGCGAGACUUCACGUUGGAGAGCGGCCAAGAAGAAAUUGAGCGUCAGAACCAGCAACGCAAAGAAGGCGGCGAAGACCUCACACGAACUAAUUCCAUUGACAGUCUUAGAAGUCCUACGGUAGCUCGCACACCUACUCUAGGCAAUGUACCGGAAGAGGACAGUGCUUUCGCUAUUGGCGACGAUGAUGACUCCGAUGCAGAAGAUGCACGUCCCUCCGAGCCGUCAAGGUCCCCCGUCCCGUCACAGUCAGGCGCUUCGAGAAGCGCGUCGAGGAGCGCAUCCAUAGCCUCAUCUAUAGACGACUCUGUGCCGCUUCAAGUAAGGGGCAUGUCGGAGAAGGCAAGGGGCAAGAUGCCAGUAGGCCAGCCAGCCUUCUCCCGGCAGAACAGUAUGACUAGUCUACAUAGUCUGGCGGGCCCAGCCUUAGCCACUAAUGAGUUCUUUACUCCUUCCGUCCCAUGGUUGGAAGGAUGGCUUUCAGAACUACCGAUGCAUACUAUUCUCAUGCUGAUAUCGGAACUCGGUCCUAAGAUGCCCAGCUCAGGCAGCGCCAAUGACACGGCCGCGGCGUUGAAAACUAUACGCGAGACCGAGACUUACUCCAAUACCUCAUUUACCUCUGCAAUCAUGAAUACAUCUGCACCUCACGACGAUGAAGCCAUCACCACGUACAGCAUGCAUGUCUCCGCCAAAUACCUUGAGCUCACCAAGAAGAAGUUAGAGUUGACGCGUCUACCGCGUGAACUAGAAUUGCCAGAUGAGAGGAUAUGGGAGCAAGGAACACCGAAGAGUGUGCUUGAGCCACUCUUGGACUUUUGGCUCGAAGGUUACGACUGGCGCGCCGCCGAAUCGCGCUUCAACUCGACUCUUCCUCAAUACCGCACAACCAUCACCAUACCCUCCACCGUCUCCUCCACUGAUGCCACACAAUCGCUACGUAUACACUUCGUACACAAGCGAUCUAAACACCCCAACGCCAUUCCCUUGCUUCUCUGUCACACAUGGCCGUCGUCGUUUAUCGAGGUCCAACGCGUCAUCGAUGGGCUGACGGAUCCGCACUCUCUGUCAGGUCAUGCGAACAGUGCACAGCAGGCUUUUCAUAUUGUGGCGCCGAGUAUACCAGGGUUUGGGUUUAGUGAUGCGAGUAUGGAAGAAGGCUUUGGAUUGCAUGGGACAGCGGACGCAUUCCAGAGAUUGAUGGGGAGGUUGGGAUAUGCACAAUUCGUCGCUCAUGGAACGGGAUGGUAA